UCACAUCCUGUAACUUCCGGCAGAUAUUGCAUUGCUCCGCCAUAUUGCGACACAGAUCAACAGAGCUCAAACAAACGUUACCCGUAUAAUUAGGCGCAUUUCAAAUUAUAUUUUAUUCAUUAUGGCUGCAGCAUGUGAUUUUGACGUUGUUACCAUCGGAAAGAAACACAAGGGAGGACAGCGUUCCAAGGAGGCUGUCAACUCUGCCAUGAGACAAGGUGGGGAUGUGGACACACAGAAGAAAUUUUCUGCUGGGGCUAACAAGCAGAGCAGUGCUAACAAGAACACAGCCAAGCUGGAUCGUGAGACGGAUGAGCUUCACCACGAACACGUCCCCCUCGACGUCUCCAAACUCAUACAGCUCUCUCGCCAGAACAAGGGCUUCACUCAGAAGGAAUUGGCCACUAAAAUAAAUGAGAAACCUCAAGUGAUCAAUGAAUAUGAAUCUGGAAAGGCGAUUCCGAAUCAACAAGUCUUCGGAAAACUUGAGAGAGUAUUGGGUGUGAAACUUCGUGGAAAGGACAAAGGGAAGCCUCUUGGUGCUGGCCCCAAAAAGUGAAGAUCUUCCAGUUCCAGUUUCAUAAUCGUUGCAGCAGCUUCUGCAGUUCCAUCUUCUACCUACUGUAUAUAGUAUUGUUAUUUUUAUCGAAAUGUAGAAGAAAUCGACCACAUAAUAAUUGGAUAAAGGCUUAGUAAACAACAAAUAUGUGACGUUCCAUACUGUUCAUCGGAGUUGUGUAUUAUGUGAAUUCGUUAUUAUGAACAUCUGGGUGAAGGUUGCCCUUUCAUGAUCAGUGUGUCAAGAAAAUAAAAACACUCAAGUAUUUCGGAAGGAUCUUUGCUUCGGUUGGGUUGAAGUUAAUCCAUUUUGCAUUGUCCCAAAUACCUGGAAUAAAUGUUCAUGUCAUUUCAUAAUAAA